CGCUUGCGCUUUCGAUUGCGUUUAGCAGCUGUGCGUCAACGAUUGGGACUACACGUGCCGGCUGGCUCGUAGUCGCUGCGCCGUCGCGCGCGCCGCGCGCGCGAGGUCAAAAUCGGGUUUUAUCUCCUAUCCGCCGAUAGGUGUGUGUAUCAAGGAGCAGUCUCCUGGACGCCGCAGGACCGGCAGCGAUGGACAACCUCCUCCUCCUCACGGACUCGUACAAGGUGAGCCACUGGGCCCAGUACCCGCCGGGGACCGAGACCGUGUACUCCUACUUUGAGAGCCGAGGCGGCAAGUACGACGAGGUCUGCUUUUUUGGCUUGCAAUAUUUCCUGAAGCGCUACCUCGCGGGGGAAGUCGUGACGGAGGCGCGCAUCGACGAGGCCGCGGCCUACUACGAGGGCCACUUCCCGCCCGGCUUCGAGUUCAACCGAAAGGGCUGGGAGCACAUCGUCGACGAGCACAAGGGCCGGCUCCCCCUCACCAUCAAGGCGGUGCCCGAGGGGACGGUGGUCGGCGUGAAAAAUGUCUUGAUGACGGUCGAAAACACGGAUCCGAAGUGCUUCUGGCUGACGAACUACGUGGAGACGCUCUUGGUGCAGGUCUGGCACGCGAUGACCGUCUGCACGCAUUCGAGGGAGCAGAAGAAGGUGAUCGCGGCCUACUUAGCCGAGACGGGCGACGUCGGCGGCCUGGGCUUCAAGCUGCACGACUUCGGGUUCCGCGGCGUUUCGAGCGUGGAGAGCGCGGGCACCGGGGCCUGUGCCCACCUGGUGAACUUUCUGGGGACGGACACCGUCGCGGGCUUGGUCGUGGCCCGAGAAUACUACGGGUGCCGCACGGCCGGCUUCUCCAUCCCCGCGUCGGAGCAUUCGACGAUCACCGCGUGGGGGCGUGCGGACGAGGCCAAAGCUCUGGAGAACAUGCUAGAUCCAGCGUUUGGCACGCACGACGCCUUCAAAUUAAACUUUCGGAUGCGCCAUCGACGCGACGUCGUCCCGCUACGCUGGCUCGAUGGCGCGGAUGGUGCGCGGCCCCUCGCCUCGGCGUCGUCGCGCGACCGCUCCUCACCGGUCACGUCAACGUAGGCUCGACGCGUACCCCACGGGCCUGGUAGCGUGCGUGUCCGACUCCUACGACGUCUUCAAAGCCUGCAGCGAGAUCUGGGGGGAGACGCUGCGGUCGAAGGUUUUGGGGCGUGAGGGGACGCUCGUCGUGCGUCCCGACUCCGGCGAGCCCUGCGCUACGUCGUUAAAAUGCCUCGAGCUGCUCUACGAGAAGUUCGGCGGUCCGCUCGUCCGCGUCGGUCGCCUCGAGGUGCCUUCGCUUGGCGUAGUAGUCGUCGGUCGACCUACACGCCGUCGACACGACGGUCGCGGCGAUGGCCUGCCGGUGGGGUCAAAGAAGUACUCGAAUCGCGUCUCGUCGACGACGCGCCGACGAAGGCGGACGCCGGCUCGCCACCUCCGCGCCCGUCGGCGCGACGGCUUCAUUCGCGCAGGUCAGGUGAACGAAAAGGGCUACAAGGUCCUGGACCCCCACGUCCGCUUGAUUUGGGGCGACGGCAUCGACUACCAGGCGUUGUGCACGAUCUGCGCCACGCUCAAAGCCAACGGAUGGUCCCUCGACAACAUCGCCUUUGGGAGCGGCGGCGGCCUGCUCCAGAAGCUGAAUAGGGACACGCAAAAGUGCGCGUUCAAAUGCUCCUCCAUCACCGUCGGCGGCCAGGACCGGGACGUGUUCAAGGACCCGGUCACGGACCCGGGCAAGGCGUCCAAGCGGGGGCGCCUCGCGCUCGUGGCCGAUUCGGAAGGCUCCUACGUCACGAAGACGGCGUGUCCCAGGGAGGGCGUGCCCGGCGACGUGCUGGUCGAGGUCUUCCGCGACGGGACGUUGUUGGUGGACCAGUCCUUCGACGACGUGCGCGCGCGCGCGGCCAUUCCCGACCCCUCGACGCUGCCGCUGCUCGGGGGCGUCGCCGGGGCGCCUCCGCAGCAAAUCGAGGUGCUCUACGGCACAGUCGAGCAAAUCGACGGACUGUAGAGGUGUCGCUACUUUGGCCGGCAUCCACCCUCCAGACUCCAUGUUCGUAGGUCGCGUGAACCCCCCCUUUGACCCCGGAGGCGUCUGUGCUUCCUUCCUGCCUAACACGAGCACCCCGGA